GAGAGAGACAAGUACAUAUCCAGCUCACUAUUGACCAGCGGGAUAUGGGAGCCGUACAUCACUCAAGCCUUCCAGACGGCCCUGGAGCGGUUCCCGCAAGCGACGGUCAUAGAUGUCGGUGCUAAUCUAGGAUACUACAGCUUGUUGGCUUCAGCCAUGGGGCACAGGGUCGUCGCCUUAGAGCCGCAGACUGAGAACCUGAAUCGAUUCGUCGCAGGGGCCCGGGCCGACCGAUGGAAUGACAACAUAAUUUUACUAGCCAACGCCCUGUCUGACGGACACCGGAACGUCAGCCUGUCACGCAGCGACGACAACCAGGGUGGGAUUCGAGCGCUAGACAGAUGUGAUCAGCUGUGGCCAAGCUCCAGCUCCAUGGGCGGGCAGUGUACGGUUCCCACGCUUACUCUGGAUGACCUGCUGUACGUGGUGACGUCAAAAAUUGUCAUCAUCAAAUUGGACAUAGGUAAAAUACUCAUUGUCAUCAAACUGGACAUAGGUAAAAUAUUGAUUGUCAUCAAACUGGACACACGUAAAAUAUUGUCAUCAAAGUGGACACAGGUAAAAUAUUGUCAUCAAACUGGACAUGGGUAAAAUAUUGUCAUCAAACAGGACACAGGUAAAAUAUUGUCAUCAAACUGGACAUGGGUAAAAUAUUGUCAUCAAACAGGACACAGGUAAAAUAUUGUCAUCAAACUGGACAUGGGUAAAAUAUUGUCAUCAAACAGGACACAGGUAAAAUAUUGUCAUCAAACAGGACACAGGUAAAAUAUUGUCAUCAAACAGGACACAGGUAAAAUAUUGUCACCUGGACACAGGUGAGAUAACAAUAAUUGCCAUCAUCAAACUGGACACAGGUGAGAAAACCAUGUCUUCAUCAAGGUAAGAUGAUAGGCUCUAUGAAAUGUUCAAUGACAAACCUCGGUGCCUUGAGAUUUUGUUUUACGUUAACUUCAUUUGCAUUAUAAUCAAAUGAUUACUUUAAGGGGUGGGAUUUAAGGUGUUCACUCCCCAAUGAUUCCUGUCCAUAUAUUACAAUCGAGUUUGAUUAUUUAAAAUGUUCAUGUAUCGUCCACAGAGGGGUACGAAUGCAAGGCUCUGGCCACCGCAUCGCAAUUCUUCUCA